CAUGUGAACAAUCUAGAACUGAAAAGAAACUUCGCAACAACCCCAUCACUACAAAAUCCACAAACCCUAACAUCUAAAAAUCCCUUUUCUUCUUCUUCGAUUCAAUUCAAUUCAAUUCAUUCAUUCCUCUUCAUCAAUGGCGGAGCAUUUAGCUUCAAUUUUCGGCACAGAGAAAGACCGCGUUAACUGUCCAUUCUACUUCAAGAUCGGAGCAUGUCGUCACGGCGAUCGAUGUUCUCGUCUCCACACUAAGCCAAGCAUAAGCCCUACUAUCCUCCUCUCCAACAUGUACCAGCGUCCUGAUAUGAUUACUCCUGGUGUCGAUGUUCAUGGACAACCGAUUGAUCCAAGGAAAAUUCAGGAUCAUUUUGAAGAGUUUUAUGAGGAUUUGUUUGAUGAAUUGUCUAAGUAUGGUGAUAUUGAAAGUCUUAAUGUUUGUGAUAAUCUCGCUGAUCAUAUGGUUGGUAAUGUGUAUGUUCAGUUUAGAGAGGAAGAGCAUGCUGGAAAUGCUGUUAAGAAUCUAACUGGAAGAUUUUAUGCUGGUCGUCCAAUCAUUGUUGAUUUCUCACCGGUGACGGACUUUCGUGAGGCUACCUGCAGGCAAUAUGAGGAGAAUACUUGCAACCGUGGUGGUUAUUGCAACUUCAUGCACUUGAAAAGAAUUAGCAGGGAAUUGAGGCGUCAAUUGUUUGGAAAGCGCCACGAAAGGCACAGUAGGAGCAGGAGCAGGAGUCCUUACAGGCAUCGAAGCUAUGAGGAGCGGCCUCAUCGCAGUCGUAGCAGCAAGUAUGAUGACAGAGACAGAGACAGGGACUAUCAUCACGACAGUGAUAGCAGGAGACGCAGGACUUCAAGUCCUGGACGGAGGAGGGGAAGAAGUCCUAGUCGCAGUCGAAGUCCUGUUGGAAGGAGGAAUCGUAGUCCAGUCAGGGAUGGUAGCGAGGAGAGACGUGCGAGAAUUGAGCAGUGGAACAGGGAGAGGGAAGAGAAGGAACCUGCAAGUAAGGUUAAUACAGAGGAAACCAGCAAUGGCCAUAACGGGCACUCACAAAAUGCUUGCGCAUAUCAUGAGAAUCAGCAGCAACGGGAAUCUCCUUGGGAGGGAUAUUGAUCUGUCUUUACUACUGGUGGUGCAGGUACACUGUUCCAUGAUGUGGAAUAUGCCCCCUCCCCCCUUGGGAUUUUUUUCUUUUGUUUUGCAUGAUUUGUGAUUGGAUGUGCAUGCUUGUACCACUUUAUGCAACAUUCCCAAAUUGCAUCUCUAGUUUGAAGCAUAUUUUCUGCAUAGAUCUCAGCAAAACUAGUUUCCUUGCAUUUUUCAGUAGGCUUCCAUAGUGGUCAAAUAUGUUAGAGGUACUGCAUAGCUGAGCUCUUUUUUGUUGCCAAUGCAUGUAUGCAGUUCAUCUGAAAAUACUGUUUUUAAUCCCUUCAUGCUGUCAUUAUAAAUUUUUGGUUAUCCUCUAUUCAAAUUUUUGUUGGUUCUUUCUGAGCUCUUUCUUGUUGCCAAUGCAUGUAUGCAGUACAUAUGAAAAUACUGUUUUUAAUCCCUUGCCGUCAUUAUAAAUUUCUGGUUAUCCUCUAUUCAUAACUUUUGUUGGUUCUUUCUGAGCUCUUUCUUGUUGCCAAUGCAUGUACGCAGUUCAUCUAAAAAUACUGUUUUUAAUCCCUUCUUGCCAUGGUUAUAAAUUUUUUGUUAUCCUCUAUUCAUAACUUUUGUUGGUUCUUUCAAAAUUGUUAAACAUCGACCUUUUUCUGGAAGAAAAAAAAAUACCCCUUUUUCCAACUAGCCAAUUAUAUACACUUGCGUGCUUGCUUGUUAUCGUGGUUAUAUUUGCAUUUGCUGGAUGUGUGUGUUGUUCUUUUACAGUCAGGGACCCUGAUCACCAUCACACGUGAAGACUAAGACUAGUGAACGACCACUUUCAACAGUUCUUAUAGGGUUUUUUGUUUUCCAUGAGCUCUGUUUCAACCCUUUUGAAAUUGGAAAUAGCAUGACUGUCUUACACAUUUUAUGAGUUUUGCAGGUUCAGGUAUCCCUGCAUCUAAGAGUUGAGCCAUUGAGUUAAUUGCAGUUAUCAUUGAAAUUUGUGUACAGGUUAAGCCUACGCUGUUGGAGGAUGUUUUAAUGGAUUUUUAAGGUAUUAUUUAUUAUGAGAUCUUGAAGAGCAGUUUCAGCUGGGAAGUAAAAGUAUAAGGAUGACUAUUUAGGUGAAGCCUUCUAUCAUGAGUUUUCUCCUGGUUGCUGGCUGAGGAAAAUGACUUUAAUUUUCUUUUUUCGUGGCAUGUUAGGAUGCUUUCUUAUUUUGUAAGCUUUAGAUGCCUAUUGGAGACUGACUUUUGAACUCGGUAUUUUUUAUAUUUCGCCUGUAAAAUUGCUACUGAGGUUGUAGAUUUGAACCGUAAUAUGAUGCUUGGAUUUUCAUUUGGUUAAAUGUUGGUGUAUUUUCCUUGGUUGACAAUUAUAUUUGGAGACAUGUUAUGCAUA